CUCUUGUCCAUUCCCAGCUCUCUCUCUCUCUCUCUCUCUCUCUCUCUCUUGCUCUUUUUAUGGCCUUGUCUUCCUAGGGAGUUUAAAUAGAGCUCUCAAUUUUUGCAUAGCUUGUUUUCUAUACCAUUUGCUUGAGGUUGGAAAUGGAUCCCGAAAUUAAUCUCGGGGAGGUUACAAUCACCAAAGCGACCGGAAAACUAAACGAGUCGCCACCGGAGAACGGGAUUGUAUCAGAAACUCCCAGAGAGAAGAAAACAAAUGAUAAUGGCGUAGCCAAGGUUAAAAUUGGGAAUGGAGCGGCAGAAGCAAACCUGGAGAACGGCGACGACGACGUCUUUUUUACUCCAAUGGCUCCCCCGGAAGAGUCGGAGCACGUGAAAUUAGCCGUUACGCCCAAAUUAACAGAAGAGGCGGAACCAGAAGAACAAGAGGAAGCAGGGAUCCUCCAACCUCAUGCAAAGCUCCCGAAGCCCGAGGCACCGCCUGGCCUCCAUGACCCUCCUCCUUCCCCCAACGACGACGUUUCGGACAACAACCAGAAAUUCGGCGUGGACAUGCCGGCGAUAGGGAAGCUCAUCCGGAAGAGAAGCAACGAUCUCUCCUCGGCAUUCCUGAAGACGCUAUCGUCGCUCAAGGACAACAAUUUCGCCGACGAGUUUCUGAAGCCGAAUGUAACCGAGUUCCAUCUCUCCGGCCUCAAAGUGACGGUGAAGCACAAGAGCGAGACGGAGCAGCAAACGCAGGGUCUCAAAGGUCGGAUCACCUUCUUCUCCAGGUCCAAUUGCCGGGACUGCACGGCGGUCCGGAGCUUUUUCAAAGAGAAAGGACUCAGAUUCGUCGAGAUAAACGUCGACGUUUAUCCUCAGAGAGAGCAAGAGCUGAUCGAGAGGACCGGUACGUCGUCGGUGCCUCAGGUUUUCUUCAACGAGAAGCUAUUCGGCGGUUUGGUGGCGCUGAAUUCGCUGAGGAACAGCGGCGAGUUUGACCAGCGGUUGAAGGAAAUGAUCGGGUCGAAAUGCCCCGACGACGCGCCCGCUUCGCCUGUUUACGGGUUUGAUGAUCUCGAGGAGGAAUUGACGGACCAGAUGAUAGGGAUCGUGAGGGUGUUGAGGCUGAGAUUGCCGAUUCAGGACCGUCUGAUGAAGAUGAAGAUCGUGAAGAACUGCUUCGCCGGCGGCGAGAUGGUGGAGGUCCUCAUUCAGCAGUUGGACUGUGGCCGUAAACAGGCGGUUGAGAUUGGAAGGCAACUGGCAAGGAGGCACUUCAUUCAUCACGUCUUUGGAGAAAAUGAGUUUGAAGAUGGAAACCAUUUUUACCGAUUCCUUGAGCAUGAACCAUUUAUCCCCAAAUGCUAUAAUUUCCGAGGAUCCAUAAAUGACUGUGAGCCCAAGCCUGCAGCUGAAGUUGGCCAAAGGCUCACCAAGAUCAUGUCUGCCAUACUUGAGUCCUAUGCCUCUGAUGACAGGUGCCUACUUGAUUACAUUGGCAUAAGCAACAGUGAGGAAUUCCGAAGGUACAUAAAUUUGGUUCAAGAGCUUCACCGAGUAAACCUUUUUGAACUCUCGCCAAAUGAGAGGCUAGCCUUCUUCUUGAACCUGUACAAUGCCAUGGUCAUACAUGCAGUUAUCAGGGUAGGGCGUCCAAAAGGUGUCAUUGAAAGGAGAUCCUUUUACAAUGACUUCCAGUAUAUAGUUGGAGGUUAUUCUUAUUCCCUUAGUAACAUCGAAAAUGGCAUCCUUAGAAACAACAGGAGACCUCCUUAUUCCCUAGUCAAGCCAUUUGGCACUGGAGACAGCCGCAUAGAGCUUGCUUGUGCUAAAGUGAAUCCAAUAAUCCACUUUGGACUGUGCAAUGGGACAAGGUCGAGCCCGACAGUAAGGUUCUUCUCACCCCAAGUAAUCGAAGCUGAAUUAAGAUCUGCAGCAAGAGAGUUCUUUAAGAGUGGUGGAAUGGAGGUGAACUUGGAGAAGAGGACUGUGUAUCUCACCCAAAUCAUCAAAUGGUUCAAUAAUGAUUUUGGACAAGAUAAAGACAUUUUAGAGUGGAUCCUCAAUUACUUGGAUCCAACUAGAGCAGGUCUUUUGACACAUUUGUUGGGUGAUGGAGGACCUAUACAUAUUUCUUACCAGAACUAUGAUUGGUCCAUGAACUCUUGAUGUUUGCUUGACAACCCCAUAUGGUGCCAUAACCGAUCAUGCUCAAGUCGAGUGAUAGUAUUGCAUUGGCAAGGGAAGUGUUGUUGUAUAUAAUACCUCAAAUUUUGAAGGGGAAAAAAAAGAAAUAGAGGAUUGUUGAUUUAAUGGAAGUGUAGGGAAUGAACAAUGUGAUGGAAGGCAUCAAGCCAAUGUAAUAGUUAAACAGCAGUGCUAUGCUUCAAACUUUGGGUGCUAAAUAUUGUGAGACCAGAUUUUUCUUUUCA